CUACACCAUCGAUAUCAGUUCGAAGAGAAUGCCGAGAUGUCUGUGAUAAUCUAGCCUAAUUGCGCCCUAUAAUGGAUGCCACAGUCGAUUUUCCCGCUAUUAUCGACCUUAAUGUGGGAGGGAAUCAUUUUACGACUACGCUGCUAACUUUGACUACUUUUCCGGAUUCAAUGUUGGGAUCUAUGUUCAGUGGACGAAUUCCUGUCAACAGAGAUUCGAAUGGCCGCUUCUUCAUCGACAGAGAUGGUACAUUAUUCCGCUAUAUUCUCAAUUUCCUACGCAGUAAUGUCUUAUCUCUACCAGCGAAUUUUAAAGAUUACGAGCUCCUCCUAAAUGAAGCGGAUUUCUAUCAAAUUGAACCUUUAAUCGAGGAAAUAAAAAGAAUUCAAUCCAACUUGGCUAAGACAAAAAUGACAGAGCCGAUAAGCGAAGUACUCCGACUAUGUUUCAGCGGAGAAUGCGAGAAAAACACGCGAUUAAGAGGAAAAGUUGAAACGCUGAAGCAGCUUUUUCCUGACCAGGAUGAUGUGAUUGAGAUUUCGGAGCAUAUUCAGUCGUUUCAAGUUGGUAUCACCGGGACAGGCUACGCCAAACCCCGGCUUGAUACAUGGGUGACUACCACCAGUAUCAUUGACUUGAUAAGCGAACAGGGGUUUGAACCAAAAUUCAUCAACAAUAGGAGCGAUGGCGAGGAGACGUGGGUGUUCACAAGAACUGUACAAUCUGAAAAAAAGACUGAAGAGGGGGACAGGAAGGUAUCCCACAACAAGGCAUCGUGAGGAGUUACUGUAAAAUGGGGUGAAACCCUGUUAGAUUGGUACCUAGAGUACUGUUACUGUACUCUAGAGUUACUGUUAGAUUUAGAGUAGAGUUACUGUCUACUUACUAGAGUAAGUAGAGUUACUGUUAGAUUGGUACCUAGAGUAGGCCACGGGGGAGGGGAGAAAGGUUGUGAUGUUGAUUGGCGGUGGGGGGUGGGGGGUGGGACAAGCUUCAGGUGCAUCCCCAGGUUUGGCCGAGCAGGGGUGCACAGUCAUAGGUAUCAUAUGGAAAAAUUAUAGUAUUUGAAGAUUCCUUAAUACAAAAUGACCCACUUUUUGGCCACAAGGGGGGGGGGGGGGGGUGCACCCCCUGUGUACGCCCCUGAGAAUAGGAAUUAUGAUAAUCUACCAUGAUUUUUAGAAUAAGUGCUUCAGGUAAGAGGGUGGAUAUGUGAGUAAGUGCACUUGAAUCCGCCUAAAUGUAUUGCACUUUAAUGACCCAAUGACAAAGAAACUGCCUGUUAGAAGGGAAAGCCUUAUUUGCUAUGGUUCUGGUAUGAUUAAAAAAAAAAAAAAAAACUCUUUUAUCAAGAUAGAACUGAUUUUGAAAUAAGUGCAUCCCUUUAAUUGCCCUGCCCUUUUGCUUAUUAAGCAAUUAUGGUACUGGGAAACGACAUUAGGCAUUGUAUCUAGUCUAGGCCUAAGGAAGGAGGGAAGCAGAGGGGUUUGAGGUGAGUUAAUGCAUCAUAAGACAUUAGACAGGCCACCUAGUGUAUGCUCAAGGGGGUGAGUGGGUGGGAGAAGGAAAGAAGCACAUAGGGAUAAGGGGAGAUAAGGCAUCAUAGAAAAUAUUGGGAAAACCUACCAAAGGGGGGAAGGGGUGGAUGUAUGGGGAUGGGGUAGAGUGAGGUAUAGUCCGGUCGCUUAGUGUUUCAAUCUAUACAUAGCGGACAAAAGCACCAAACUUGGCAUAAAGAUAGCCAAGAGGAUGCUAAUUAAUAUUGAGACCUGUGCCCACCGGUACCACUUGAGGAUUUUGUGUAAUAGCGGAAUAAAAAUUAGAAAAAAAAAGCGUCCAUCACGGGCUCCCUGUGGUGAAAUUUAAAAGAUCUUGUAUUUCUAAAACUAAGGCGAAAUAUCUGAUUGUUUUUUUUUUGGUAGGGGGAAUAUAACAUUAUUUGUUAAUAUUUCAGGAUAAAAACAUCGUCGGCUGCUAUAAAAUGAUUUAUUUAAGAGAAAACGUUUUCAAAGCUAGACCCAAUCCCCCUCACGGUUAUCCAAGAUGGCGGCUUAUAUUGGCACUGUAUAUGCUGUAAGUACCUCAUAAAAUCGCGUAUUUUAGGUAAAAAAAGCUCAUUCUUUAUGUAGCAAGAA